AUGCAAAAUAUCAAUUAAAUAUCUGCUCGUCUCUAAUUAAACAUUUCUAAAUAACUUUCAGCAAGAACAGAUCAAACUGAUAGCCAAUUCUUAAAUACUUCUAAUACUUAAACACUUUUGAAAUAGAUUAACUUAAUUAAAAAGAGUGAUAAAAAGAAUAAAGCACUUAAGAUCAUACCAGAUAAGUAAUCAUUAAAAUUUCAACAUUUAACUGAACCUAAAUAAAUUAAUAUUAAUUAGCUAAUUUAGAAAGAACACACAUAUGAAGAAGAAAAGAAGAAUUCUGCUGUUAUUUCCAAUGUUGGCAGUUAAACAUGGAGAAUAGAGACAUAGAUGAGAUAAAGCUUAAACUUUUAGGAUUUACACAAGUUGGAUGAAUCAAUUGCAAUAGACAUUCUAAAUAGGUAAAUUGGAAAGACUGAAACUAAUUUUUAUGAAUAUAUACCAAAAACUUCAAGGAAAACAAAAAGUCAAUCAGUUAAAUAGAAAAAUUUAAUUAAUUUAUCUGGAACUCCAUCUAAGUUUAAAAAAACUAAUAAAUUAAAUAACACUGUCAAUGCCUUUAAAUCAACCAAUAAAGAUUAAAUUUAUUAUAAAUUACCUGUUUCAAACGUAGGAGUUCCUAUUAUUAAAACAUAAAGAAUCAAGAGCUAGCCUCGUUAUCAUCACCCUUUCUCAACAAUGAACAAUUUCAAUUAUACUAGAUUAAAUAAAUCUUUGUGGGUCUCUGAUUUUUGA